AGCGCAACUCUCGCUUUUCUGCUUCGUUGCAACAGGAGGUGUCGUUCGCUUUCCUAGUUUUUAGGCUCUUUGUUUUCAUUACCUCUCACAGAGAAUAAGGCCUCAUCAAGCAAGUAGAUGAUUCAGCCAUGAGGGGAUUCAUAUUGUUUGCAUUUCUUGCCCACAUGUGCUUCGCACAAGGUUGGUUGAAUAACUUUGUAAACAACAACAACUUGCUGCCUAGAAUAUCACGAUGUAUUAUGCUGCCUAUCUUACGGUGCCAAGCGAAUGAUUUCUCCCUUUUCUAGAUGACUAUAAUCACAUUUUUUUCACGCAGGAAGCCAUUAAGGGUGCUUGCAAUAAAGGAAAGCUAAAUGCUAAUCCGUCAUGCUUCACUGCGAAUUCAGCGAACGAGCGAUCUGAUCGCGGGUUGUGACAUACAUGUAAAACGUACUUCGCUUGAAACAAAUGCAAACACUCGUUGGUCUGCUAAAUCUCAAAUAACUAGGAAUCUUUCGCAGUAUUUCGUAAAGUUAUAUUUAAAAACAGUUCGCCGUGACUUCUCACGAGGAUGUAUUUUUGUUUUGGAAACAGUAUGUCAAAUAAUUGAACGUGGCACGGACUGCUGGAUUUGUGGACUUAAGAUCGGAAAGUAAACGUUUCGAAGAUUGUCAAUCAUCUUGUGGAGAGAGCUUGAGCGGAAGAAAUUUACUUUACUGGGCCAUCUCUAUCUCUGGUUAUAUUACGUCCUUUCCUUCCCUAUAUUUUCCAUUUUCCCUUUUUUUACAUUUCUUCAUUCGUAUAACCACGAAAGGUAACCUUUCUCAACUAUGCCAUUUAUAUACCUUGGAGAACUCAUUAUUGAAGCUUUUCCCUUAUUGAACAGAUCCAGCCGUGUUUCAGUUUCGAUCUCCAGAAUUCGACGUCUCCGAGUCAGCAUUAAACGCAAUCGUCGUAAUUGAAAAUGUUGGCAAUACAGCGGAAUCUGGGACUCUCAGGUAGGCAUACGUACAAGCUCUACUCUAUUAUAUUACAAAUAUUCUCCUAAAAAGGUUUAUCUACAAGAAUCUGACUGAUUUUCUUCGCUUUAAACCUCCAUCAGUCCUUAUCUCCCCUUGUUUUUUCUCCCUUAUCCUGGUUUUCUUUGUUGGUUCCCACAAACUAGAUACCUAAAUACACGAAAGAAGCAAAAUUUGUAUCAGUGCAAGUCCUUGUGGUGAAAAAGGCUUUUUUUUUGUGGAUAAGAAGGUUUUGAUCCGGUCUUCAGGAAUACAUACAGUUAAGGUCUUUUUCGUUAACCAACAGAGUUCUCCUGUAAAUAAAUAAAAAAUCUCCAAUAAUCUUUCUUAGCAUUCCGGCAAGAGUUUUAAAGAAGCCGAUAGUUGCUCUUUUCUACGGUUGAACACUUCUGUAGCUAAUUGAUGACCAUGUUUGUGAGCAAAAAGUUACCGGCAAUUGUAAACUACUUUUCAAGUAAAUUAAACGCUUCUUCCUUUGUUGCUUUGGCGAUGCCACAUAUUGUUGUCUUUUUCCUCCUAGCGUAACUGUUGCCGACGGAACGGCCGUAAGUGGCGAAGAUUACGUCCCAACCGCUGGUUUAAGGGUAUCAUUUUCGUCAGGCGAAGCGUCAAAAGAGGUUAACAUCCCCAUCAUAGAUGAUGACGUAAUCGAAAGCGACGAAUCAAUCCAGCUCUCUUUGCAGCUCAUGGGUCCCUCCCGUCCAAGUGCCAGAAUUGGCAGUCCUGCAUCUGCUACCGUCAAAAUCAUUGACAAUGAUAAGCCCCGUAAGUAAAUGAACCAAUGAUAAAGGAGUUACCUGUGCCUCUUAUGGAAAUUGACAAACUGUUCUCAAGUUUGAGUAUUUCAACUCUUGUUAGCUUUCGCAUUUUGUUACCAGCCCUGUUCGUUUUUGGUCGCUCUCGCCGGUUUGGCUUUUCUCCUUCCUGAUAAACCAUUCCUUAAAGUUUUCCGUCAUGAUAAAGAUAAUUUACAUAUCCCAAGAACAAACAGGAGAAAAGAAGUUAGCCCCUUCACAACUGCAUUUGCUUACCUGAAUCGGUGAACACUUGCUCAAAAGUGGUUAUAAAUUUUCUGUUUAAGAUCGUCAUUGAUUGGGUUAAGUUAAAUGAGCCAGGCUUCAUGGCUCAAAUGAACUUAACUUUAAUGUGUUGUACAAAUAAAACGCCAAUAUGAAAACGCUUCAUUCCCUAAUAAAGCCCUAACGGAGAGGGUGGGCUGAGGUUGCGAGGGGUGUACUGCGCACGUUGUGUUUACAAUUUUGUGGUUUUGUUCAUUAUCCUAUCACAUUUAGCCUUCUUUAUCACCUUUCUAGGCUCAUCGUUUUGAACUCGUGAAGUUUCUACAACUGACAAAGAGUGUCAUAUAGCUUUUCUAAAUAUGCCAUGAUUUUGGACGCUCCGCUUGUCAAAAAUGUUGAAGCAUUUUUCACCCUCGAAGUGGAUUUCACAUUGCAUCAACCGGUCAACAAAUGGUUGAAAAUCAUUGUGUGCUUUGAGGUUCUUAAACAUGACUUCAAUGAUCCAAAAAGUUCAUCAAAUGCCUCUUUGCAGUCUACACCGCUAAAAAAAACACUUAUAAUUACAUUUAGCGACCUUCAGCAAAGAAACCAAAAACGCAAAUAUUGAGUCCUCCAUAUCACUUUCAGAAUGAUUCCAAACCAAAAAGGCGAUAAAAGUCACAAAACUUGCUAAACGCGCAAUUAGCCAAACAACCACAGCGAGAUAAAGUUUCCCAAUACUAAUUUAUUCAAUCAGUUUUAUCUCGAAGGCCCUGAGUACUUUGUUCCUCCCGCCAAAACAAUAAAGCGCAUUCACCGCCUUUUCCUGAGCGACUAAUUAACAGCGUCCAAUUCGUCACGCUCUGCUUCAAAAGCAGGUGUGCGACUUUUGUGGCGUGCGGUUCGGUCAGUCAGUCGGCAAUUGAGACGGCUACAAGCGCUUGUGUGUUCCUGAGCAGGAUUAUUCAUUCUAUCUAAAAGAAAGAAAUGAAGGCCUUCGCUCUUGUGUGCGUCUCGCUCUGUCUUGCACUAGGUAUGCUAAAGUUUGUUUUUAUUUGUAGAAGGGACGAAAUAUUUUAGUUUCAAACUUUAUUGUUCCUUUAGUGUUCAUAACUUAUACCAUCUAGUUUUCAAUUCGCUGAGCCUUAAACUUACUUUCGAAUUCCGGAAACCACGUCGAGUUUUGCUGAACGCUAAGACAUUGCUAAGUUUGAAUGUAACUUUCUCUCAAAGCGUUCUCUCGUAAUUCAACACAUGUGCUCACCGUCGAUACAACAAACUAAUGCAGGAAUUACUGAAGCGCAUAGAUUGCUUAAAUUCUGUUCCAACAGAGUUUUGCUCUUGGAAGCCCUAAACUUUCGUUUCAAUAUCAUAAGAUGGUUACACAGCUAUUGAAAAGGCAUAUAUCGUCAUGAAACUCCAAAUACUAAUAACUCGAAAGCCCAGCUUGAAAGUUCAAAAUCAAUUCAUUAGGUGGGGCCAUGUCAAAAAAUUAAUUACAGGAGCUAUUCGUGAUGCGCUUACUCUUUUGAGUCACUGUUUACCCUACUCUCUGAUGCACCUUUUGCAUGCUCUCUUCUGUUUUAUUGAUCGUGUUUUAUCUUUAUUUUAGCUUCAGCAUCUAAUGGCGGUGGAAACAUAACUUUGGCUACCGAAGCAAGUGAGUGCAUAAUUCGUAAAUCUACUCAGUAUUUACAUAUUGAUCUGAAGUGUUCCGCAGUUGUGCGCUUUAAUUGUGAUUUGGAAGGUCGAAGUGAACUCGUUACAUGGCAAACAAACGCUGUCAGUCCAUAGUUUGAUUGAUGCCAUAUGACUUGAAAUUCUUGGCUGUCGCUUGCGCAUUUUUCUUUUUCACACACCUCGUGUGUUAAUCAAUGAAUUUUAGAAGAACUUAAACAAUUGCAUUGCAUAACAAAUGGCCUUUGUCUGGCCAUCUUUGGAACAGAGAUCUUUCGCAAAAAAAUAUACUUUUUUUAAGCAUCUGCACAUUAUUCAUGUUUCUAUUACACGAUCCUCUGCAGCAAGGAACUAAAAUUCAUUUGCAUAAGGCGCAGUUCUGUUUAUAUAGCUUUCUAAGAUGUUUGCUUGCCGUUGCCGUCGGGGGUGGGUAUUCAGAAUGCCAAGUCCAUAUAACUUUUCUUUAUAUUCAAUAUCUUACGGUGUCUUACCAUUUGGAACAAAGAGCGCAUUAUCGGGAUUAUUCCAGUUGCAGGAACGUCUGCCCUAUAAAUGCUAAUAUACUAAACACAAUCCAGAGUUUACCAGAAAUACUUAAUCAUAUUCCAUUUGAGCAAAAUAUCUUGACGUCUUUUGUUUCUAGAGACGUUUCACUCAGGCAUGUCUGGUUUUGUUAGUUUGCAGCUAGACAAGUGUAUUGUUCCCGGGUGAAUCAGCGAAGCGUGAUCAUAUUAUGAUUUUAGUCUUAGAAAACCUUUAUGCUAGUACUUAGCAAAUUUGUUUACAUCAAAUCAUCAAGACGCUGCUCAAUACUCAGAAAUUACUUAAAAGCAAACAGCCGUGUUCUUUUUCAAGACACGAUCAUUUUUUAUCCGAUUGCGUGCACACUCCAACCUUUCUCCUCAUUGGAUAUUGUUCUGGAAUCUUCAAUUAUGCGAAACUAAAAACAAUGAUAAGAAUAUUUUCAUAUGCAUAAAACGACGCGAUAUGGCAAAACUUUUAGUUUCUGAUCACAACUGAGAUCGAUCAGUAUGUGGCCAACUUAUAGAUUUUUUGCUGCUCUGCGUUAGACUGCAUUUGGUACCAGCAAAAACAAAACAAAACCAAACAAAUGCCAAAGAAAAAUAAAACAAAUAUAUUUAACCAUAGGUAAAUUUCUACUGUCAGACGGCCUAUAUUUUCAAGAGACGAACCCUGUAUCGGUGCUUGCAAAGCUGGUUCCAUAAAUCUUUGUUGUGCACAUAGUAUUAGCAUUAUUUUUUCCUCUAUCAAAUAAGUUUGAUUUCUAAUAAAACAUACAUGUUCCUGGAGCAAAUAUAUUUAAAUAAAAAAAUCGGAAUAAUUAAAAUCUAAAAUUAACUUUGUUAUUGGGGAAAAAUAAUCAAUGCGCUACCUGUAAUUUUACGAAGUUCCACAUUAUUGGACAGUAUUUGUAUUUGAAGCUGGUCUUAAAUUUUUUAGUUUUAUUUCAAAGCCCUUGUUUGCAUUGCGCAUCUUAAUAAUUGAGCGUCGCAUCAAUCCGUUCAGCACAUUGUUGGUGACCUUUUGGGAACAAAAGAGAAGGGAAUAGCCCUAGAGGGCCUGUCUUAAUUUUUCUUGACUGAGCUUCUUGUGCUCCUUCAUUCGCGAUGAUAGCAAUGGGAGUGGACUGAGCUUUUACUGAGCAGUGACACAUUUGCUGUCACAGAUCAUGUUAACUAGCUGGGAACACUCGGUAAUACUUUUAUUUGUUUUUUGUCUUUAUUUAUUUUCAGAAAUCGACAUUAUGUGCCGACCAGACUAUAUAGAAGUGACUCUUAAGCUUGCAGAUUACCCAGGACUCGUCGUCAACGACUCCGUUCUGCAUCUUGAGGACAUGAAAUGCGUGGCUGGUUACAAGGAUGAUGAAAUGGUCAAAUUCACGUUUGGACUGGAGGAGUGCAAAACCAUGCAGGAGGAUGACGGAAAGAAGAUUUACUACAAGAACAUGGUUUACUUGAAGGCUGGCUUGCCACCGAAUGAUACGAAUAUAGUCCGUGACCAUUACGAAGUUAUUCCGUUCAGCUGUGGAUAUGACAAGAAGGCUGUCCUGUCAAAAGUGUCGUACAAUCCUCAGACUACUCUCGUCCUCUCAAAUGCAGGUGUUGUACAAAAUUUGUUUUAAAAGAGCAAAACACGAAUGAGAAGCGAAAGUAAUCCGAGAUUGCAUUGGUCUUUCUUUAAUUCGCUCUGUGAUUGGUACAGAAAACUAGCCACCGCUACUCUCUUAACCAAUCAGAUGGAAAACUAAAGCCGAUCACGAUUUGGUCGCCCGAGUUUUCCCGCGCUUUAGGCAGUUUGGUUGUUUUAACUUUGAGUUCUUUGUAGCGCUAAAAGGUAUAUUCUUAAAAUGAAGCCGUUGCCAUAAUUUUGGUGUUAGUUUUACGACACCCUUUCGGAAAGCGCUUUAAUGAUUCCAUCAGAGGAGAAUUUAGGGACAAAAAAUAAUUAUGAAAAAACAAAACAAAACAACAUAAAAAGGCAUAUUCUUGAAAUUGCGAAUUAUAUUGCAAACCAAAUCGAACCAUCACUCUGUAUAUGUGGACGGGUGUUUGUACUCGAGAAAUUAAAGAACGUUAAAUAUUUCCCCUCUAUUUUCAGAGGGUAUUGGCAACUUUACGUACUUCAUGGACAUGUACGAGGACGGAAGCAACAGCGAAACAGUUACUGAGUUUCCAAAGGAAGUUGGUUUGGGUCAGAAGAUGUACUUUGGAUUCCGGGUGGAGUCUGGCGACAGUGAAUUGGUUGUAUUCCCCGAUCUCUGCAAGGCCACGGCAUCAUCAAGUUACGAUUCCACUCCUGACCAUCUUAUUAUUGAUAAAGCGUAAGUCAUACUUUUUGAGCUGACGAUAAAAUGAGUGUUUCAUUCUUUAGAUCACAUCGUGUGCUUGGCUAACUCAAAAGUCAAACGUCUGCGCACGUACAGAUGUCAAAACUUUUAAGAGUCCGCCCAAUAUUGCGCUUUCAAGCUGUCAGGAAAAAGUUGCAGCACAUUAGUGUUAAAAACCGUUUAAAUUUUUCACAAAAUUCAGAAAUAAUAGUAAAUCGAAAGAAACCCCUUAAUGAAUAAUUUUUGUCGAAAAAGUGAAUUUUGCUGCCUCUAAAAAUUUUUUUUUCAUUUUAACGUAAAUUUGCGUGAAACCGGUCGUUUCUUGCGUUUAUCUUAAAACACUUGUAAGGGACAUUAGCACGCACCUAGCUGGAAUUGAUCUGUUGUGCAUGCCCCACAACUGACUGCUUUUUGCGUUAUGGUUGGUGAAGUACCUGUGCAAUCCUUAUAAUUAUAUUUUUUUCAUUAUGAAGACCAUAAUUUACCAUGUCCACAAGAGUGAUUGCUUUCAAAGUAGGUUUAACGAUUGGAUACAUUCAAUGUAUGCUAUGGUGCGUCACAUCAAAAUCCUGCUGAGCUUUGCUAAAUUUAAAGCAGCUAUCAGAAACAAUUAUAAAGUAUUGUAUUUGGCAAUAACACCAGAAACAAGAAAUAAAGAUAAACAAACUUUGCCGUUUCUCUCUCCUCAGCUGCUCGAGAGACAACACUUUGGAGUACGACUACGGCGAAAAUUCCGAGCAUUUCUUUAACCUUGCCGCUUUCCGCUUCAAAGAGAACUACGAUGACGUCUUUAUCCAUUGCAAGUUGACGGUUUGCCGAAAAGGCGAUGACCAAUCACGGUGCGCCAAGGGCUGUCAACCAUCUAAGAGGAGACGAAGGUCAACCACAGAAGGGUUAGAAGAAGAACUGAGUGCCGAGCUGUACGUUGGACCGGUGAAACUUAAGCAGUCGACAAAUGAGGAGGGUGAGUGUUGCGUAUUUUGCCUGUUCCUGGCGCCUAGUUGGUGGGGACAGGUCCUCUGAUAAGUGUUUUUUGGUGCCAUCUCUUACUAAACACCAUCUUUUUAAAUUUAUUCAGCUGAAACCAAGCACUAUACUGAAUCAGAGACUGACAGUAACAUGGUCAUAUUGGUGGCAGCCUUGGUUGGAGUUUUAGGAACUGUGGCCAUUGGACUCAUCGUUGCCGUUGUCAUCAUCAGCCGACGCCGUACGUCCGCUAAGAAAGGCGCUUCUCUCAUCGUUGCUGAGGAAAUUUAAAGGGGCAUUCGUUCGAGCUGUAGUGUGUAACUUACCGUAUUUUCAGUACUCUAGGGUCUUAAGAACGUUUCGUGGCACCUGUUUCUUAACUACAUUACUUUGCAUGUGAUAACUAUGGAAAUAAAUUAGUCACGCAAUAAGUUUUCAAGGCAAUUUAGUUUUCAUUUUUUUACCAGUAUUUUUAUUCUUCCCGAGAGGAAAAACAUUUCCCCUAGUUUUUUCUAUUUCAAUAUCUUUUACUAUUAUUCUUUAAAGCCGGCAAAACUAUUGCAAAGUAGAAAACAACGGGAUCGCUUUUAGACAUUUCAACUCGCUCAACUCACGUUUCCACUUAACAUGUAAUUUUGCGAGAGAACAAGCUUUUUUACUGCUAUUAUAACUUUUGCUCAAGCACUUUCCAGAAUGCUGUAUACUUUAAUUUCAUAAUAAGUCAAAUAAAGCUAGAGUACGUUCAUUUAUCUACUGUUUGUAAUGCUAAGAGGUGUGCUAAGGAAACUACAGGGAUAUGCUGCGGGAAGUAUAUAGCUUUUGUCUGCUAACGAUCGAAUAUUUUCAACCUAUUAAGUGCGGUUUAAAGCUCAUUAAAAUUGGAUUUGUUAACUUUUAACUAAGAAUUUUGUUUGUUUUUUGGCUUUUACACUCUAUUUUUCCUGGAGUAACGAUGAUCUUUGUCGCUUAUUAGAUCUGGAUCGCGGCGGUUUACAACAAUUUUGAAUCCUAAGCUAACAUGGACAGCCAUGGGAGAAGAUUUUAUGUCCGUCCUCUAAUAAGUAAAAUGUAAGCACGGGUUAUUUUAAAUUUCGACUAAGUCAAUUUAAAACAAAUUCCAUAUAAAGUUGGGUUCAGUUCAAAGGAGAGCAAUACAAAGAAAAAAUAAGAACGACCCUAUCCCUGGAGAGGCUAUUACUUUCUAUCAAGAAAACAAAGGAAGUGGGUCCACGUUUGCAGCCAUGGUAUAAUACUUGUCGCCUUGUCUUUGACUUCUCAAUGACUCCAAUUUUCUUGUCCGUCAGCAGCCUCAUUUUCUUGCAGUUUAUAAUUUGUAUGACCAAACAUUGAAGAAAUUUGUGAUAAUUUAAUUUUGAAGGUUGACAUCCCAAACAGAAGUCAUUAAUCUCAAAUUCGAUUUGUUGAACCUUUUCUUAAUUAUGCAUGCACGUACCUUUCGACGUUUUAUGGGUAAAAUUAGAAUUCUAAAUUUUGGGCAUAAUUUAGGAAAAUUUUCCUUUGUGUGACAAUUAAAACAACGCCUUCACCAGCCACGGUAUAAUUUUUAUAAUCUGUCGCCUCGUAAUUUGGAACUGGCCUGUACACUCCCAGUUGAGUUCAUUUAACAUUGGCAAAUAAUUAUAUUUUCCGUUGGGUUUUCAAGACACAGGGACCUUUGUUCACUUUAGCGCAAACAAAAGAUGAACGAAAGAUGCGUAAUUACGCGAAAGCAACGUCUGAGAUCGUGGUCAAUGGUAUUUCGAAGUUUCUUUUUUUUUGCCUGCUUUGUUGGCUGAAGCCUCGAAAAUAAAUAUUCUUGCUAAACGUCAACAAAACACAAUUUCGAUCCUUUUUUUUUCAUUGCAUUUAUUAGCCAAAUAUUGGACAAUCUGCCGUUUGAAGCUUUAUUGCUCAAAGUUCAUAUUACUUAAUCUUACUUUGGCCGGGAGAGUUGUCAUUUUGAGUGCACCAGAUAAGACAGUGGACUGAGUGUCGCCUGGGCAAGACCGCUAUCUUCAAAGUAAUUACUCGUUAUUGCAUGACCGUGCCCUAUUGAAAUGUACAGAAAGCGCCUCGCAGGUGAAGCAUGUUUGUGCAGCGCCGCACCCCGCCUUAUUUGCAUAUAUGAUCAGGCAAACAAAGGAAAGAAAACGCGGCCAGAACACAUUACAACUCCAUAGCGGAUUAAAUGUGACUUUCUGAAAUGGGUGACACCGCUGGAUUUUUUACCUCGAAGGCUCGGUUUAUUCCUUUGGGCAUUGCUUUCGGUGGCUGCCGAAAACGUGUCGGUUUUAUUCGUUUCGAAAAAGGUGAGAUAUUUUGGAAGAAGACCAAAGGAACUGCGGAAGGUACUUCAAAAGACUUGGACAAUAGUGUAAUUAAGCUACCUUGCGCGAACAGACUUGUGAUCUUGUAUCCUUUUGUUUACAUUGUCUUGAGAUGAAUGAACCGAGAUCGAUUAACUGCAAUCAUUUGAAUGGAUUUAGUUUCUAUUCACGGUGUAUUUUUAGCCUUAAUAUGUUUUUAGGAUUAAAGAGCGUCGCAAAAGAUUUAAAAAUGGAUCUUGGACGAGUUGUUGUAAUCACUGCGAAGAGCAAAAGCGAAAAUAGUUUAUCAUUUCGAGCGCCGAUCGUUUUGUUUUGAUCCGAAUGAUUGCACUUGAAUUAAACUACUUCUUUAUUAUGUAAAUAUUGCGUGUCAUAAAUAGUGCUCGUGUUCGCGCGCUGGCGGUUCAUUCUUUCACAACUUUCGUCUUGUUCGAAUGAACUUGUUGUGAUCUGACCGUGUUGUUUAUUGUCGCGAUGGAGUUUAGUGUUGGCGAUUCUGUCGAAGCUGUCGAUCAGUUAGGAAUUUGGACAAAAGCGAAAGUUGUCAGUAAAUCGGACAACGCAAUUGUUGUAAAUUUUCCUCCGUGGAGAGCCGUACUAUGUUAAAAUACGCGAGCUCCGUUUUGGGGCGCGCGGCGCAUGCAAUGUUUACUUCUACUUGAAAAGACAUGUAAGCUGAUAAGUGCUUGGGUUUGAUCCGAGGUUGAUGUCUUUGACAUGUUGCCCAACACACCGGAAUGCGUAGCAAUUAUUAGACAUCAAUCAAGCAGAUUCCCGGGAGAGUUUAUUUCAUCUGUUAACAAAAGAAAAAUAUCUCACCUACAUCAGAGAAGUUGCGCUCUUCACGAUCUUCGGAAGCAUGCCGGCAUGUCGGCAAACUCAUCGGAAUGAAUAAGUAAUGAGAAAGAACAAUAGCCUGAAUAUAUGAAUACUUAACAACCUCAAUUUUUGAGGUUCACAUUUAAUCCGCUAUGGAGUUGUAAUGAUUCUCCGCCGUUGCUGUACACCAAGGUUGCGACGUGUCAAGCAACUGUCCGGACAAGCUGUUACUGUAACCUUUUUUUGAAGGAGAUCAGAGAAAUGAACUUGCAGCUGCUUCGAAAGCUGCUCCUAGUGGGUGUAGUUUGGGCUUACUCUAUAACAAAAGCAUAUAGUUCAGGUAUGUCUAGAGUUUGUGUCAUUAUAGUACAUCAUUGUGGGUUUUUGACGAUAAUUUUGUAUGCUUCAUUCAUCGCAGUAGCUGAAAUUAGACAGGUCUUUUCCUGAGGGAUCAAAUCUGCAGCUUGUUCAUCUUUGAGAUCAAUUUGCACAUCUAGCUUAAACGCAUAGCCUCUGCGCACCAAAAUGCAGCUGGAGUAGUACAGCUUUCGUCCGGGGGUCUUUCAGUCGAGUUUAUACUCGCAUCUGUUGUGAAGUAUUUCGCAAAUUUUGGUUGAUCGAAUUACGGCUCUUUUUCCAUCGAGAUUUUCGUAUAAAGGGCAGGCUUUUAUUGCAAUGCACACUGAAAAAUUAAGGUAUUCAAACGGAUUGCUGCUUUCAUAUCAUUAAUCGACACGGGACGGAAUCCUUUUCCCACGAAAAUUAGUCAUUACUGGCCCAAAGAUAUGGAUUGUUUGCUCCAAGAGUUCAGAUUUAUUUUUCGCUUUGACAGCUUUUCUUUUCCCACGAGGUGUCAUUUAGUCUCAAUUUACAAUGACAUUUUAUAGUUUGUGGAAUGAUAAGAGCUAUUCUCAAUUAUUUUUUUAAACUUUGAAUUAAGUUCCUAUACUGUGCUAAUUAAUUGAGCCAUUAAACUGAUUGCCUGCGGCGUAAUAGGUUAAACUGUAGUCAAGAUUUUAUAGUUUGUUUGAAUGCUUUGAUAUUCAAUUUUAGUUAGAUUACUAAGUGAUUCGGGUUGACACCCGCUCUGCUAUGUAUGCAAAGUUUGAAAUUUAUUACGUGCAAAUAAACUUGACUUGAAUUUGCCUUUUAAUUGCAUAAAGGAAACUUCUGCCUGGCUGCCUCUAAUAAUUUGACAAGUGCGACCUAAAGCCAAUUAAAGUCACCGUUGGCCUUGAAUCAUUUUUGCGUAGAGAAAGAACUAAAAGAGUAAACUUUUCUUGCCUGCUUUGGAAUCAACUUCUAAAACAAAUGACAUAAUCACUACUUCUGAAUAUCAACAGCAAAAAGUAAAAGGUCAGUAAAGAUCUUAAAUAUAGCGACACUCAUUUUCUACCUCCGCGAAGUUCAACUAUUUAAAAUUCAAAACAAAUAGUUACUUACGCCCGUGAAUACAACAAUUGUUAUGCGACCACACAGCUUCACUUCGAAGUAGACAAUGAGCUCGACGCACAAAGAACACCCGAGAGAGCUAGUAUUGUCUUCACAAGAAAGUGAUGUCUCAGGCAAUUUGGAAUUAGUAUGAGCAAAUGAAGUUUCAAAGACUACCGAAAAGAAAAGAGUUUUACUCGUAGGUCAAGGAGCUUAAUUACUUUCCAUAUAUUGUAUGACGGCUGCAGCAGAAAGCAGUGAUAGCAGUGCAAGUGACCUGCAGAUUAAGAAUUGAAUAUAAAAUAAUCUUCGCAAUAAUAAAAACUACUGAAGCAGUAGUGAAAAAAAGGCCUGAAAUUAAGGUCGGUACGGGAUUUGAACCCAUGAACGGUGAAUACUCUACCAACUGAGCAAGCAAGGCAACUGAGACCUUGUCAUUAUGUUGGUUCAUAGGAAAAAUGAUUCAUUGGUAACCAGCAGGUAUCUUCCAAAUUGUGCUAAAGAGGUUUUUGAUUUAUGCACUUUGUUGUUUAAAUUAUACUUUUUAUUACUCCAGCCUGUAUUGGAUGAGAGUUCAUUUUGUUGCUUUUUGUCUUUUAAUUAGUCUGGAACAGCUGGUCAUGAUCACGACAAUGUUUACGACAUUAAGAGGAAAUAGUGGGUACCCUUAACUUAACCCAAUCUUUCUUUGAAGUGGAGUGUGUUCAUUCUGUCACGAAUAUAUUUUGACUUUUUAGUUUGUUCUCCUUCCAAUACCGACAUUGACAUUGACGCUAAGGUCCCUGGUGUCAUAUCCACACCUGAAUUCACAGAUGGCUCUGCCGGCAGUUCCUGCACCUGGAAGAUCCAGGCUCCUGAGAAUUUCCGACUAGGGAUAACACUCGAGGCUCUGAAGUUUGCAGGUCCAGAUGACCAUUUACUCAUUCAUGAUGGUGCUGAUGACCGAAGUCCCCUGAUGGGAAGAUAUGGUACUUGCAUCACUGGCUCUCUCACCCUGUUCUCAAGCGGGAAUUCAAUUUUUUUGCAGACGGUGUCCACCACUUUUAGAACGAGCAAUGAGCUUAGGAUCGCAUAUAGAGCAAUUGAAUCUGGUAAGUUAAUGUACUAUAUAUAAAUGCUUUCCACCCUUACAUGUGUAUUCUUAUUACUUGUACUAUUUUCUUUACAAUUCCUAUGGUGCUGACAAGGAGAAUUUAUUUGACAGUCAGGAGCGUCUAAAUUUGGCAAUCAUUUUCUCUAUUCUAGCGACUUGAACGUUUGAUUAAAGGAUGCAUGAUAUUGUAAAAUAAAGAGAUGUAAGAAGCCAGACAACUGGUUCCGAUUGCUUAAAGGGUGGAUAAUACUAUCCACUGGAAAAACGUUAUCCGGGGGAUAGCGCAGUAUGUUUUCUUAACAGGUAUCCGUUGGAUAGUGAUUUAUCCGUCGGAUGGCGUUAUUCACUCUUUGAAGUACUGCGUCCUGGACGUUAUCAAUUGGAAGAAUCGCACGAGCAAAGAGACCCUAUCAGAUAAAAAUAUUUUGCUCAUGACUUUUUCCCCUACUUGGCACGUUUCUUUCAUGAAUCCUGUCCAUCACUUCCUUAACCUACGGUUUCCCGAUCACCUUUCUUUAAGGCGUGGUAAAAUUGCCGCUGGUGGUACACAUAUGAGCAUAUACAUAUUUUUUUCAUUAGAAGCUGUUUAGCUGGAUCAAUUCUUAGUGACUAAGUAAUAAUUUUUCAUCAUUGUGGUGAACAGUCGAAUGGAGAGUCGUUCUCUUCCCCAUCUGAAGGGGUUCAUCCUUAUCACUCACAUUACUUGAUCUUUGUUUUGCUCAAGACAAGGUAAUUUUGCAUUAACUCAACAGAGACCGUCACCUGCUCGAGCCCGGGCGGAAAUCAGCCAAGUAAGUUCAGGAUUAGUAUACUUUAGCAUUUGAGCGGUUUUCUUUGGCUGUAGGACAGAGCUUCACUAUUUUUUCCUGAUUUAUUUUCCAAGCGGGCUCUAGAAUAUUUUCUUUGUUUGUCUCAUUAUUAGACACUGUAUACGCCAAAUGCACACGAAAAUCGCAGUUUGUUAUAAAUUGAGUUAAAGUUUGUUUGAUAUUUUGUUAUUUAGUGACUUAUCUAACAUUUAAACUCUCGUUUGCGUUCGCCUGCAACCUGGUCUGCAUGUAUUCGUCAUUAGAAACUUUGAAGAUUGGUAUACGUAAAUCACAAACCAUUUGAAAUUCAAUGAGGUUUAACUGGUCGUUUUCCACAAGACUAAGGUUGAAAUUUUAUUUUUGUAUACUUUUAAAUAUUUGUUUAUAAUUGUACUGAUAAUUUCUAUAAUAUUACAUUGUAAAGUGAAGAUAUUUGGUAAAAUUGAAUUUUCUUCUAUAUUUUAUGCGCGAUAUUUCAAUCACAAUAACUUUUUUUCCUUCAUCGUAGAUUUCUGUGGUGAUGACACCCAUUUGAAAGGACUCUCGGGUGUUAUAAGCAGUCCUAACUUCCCUAAGAACUAUGAAGCCAAUGAAUAUUGUACGUGGAAUAUUGCUGCCCCCCCAGGCUACCGUAUGCAAUUUGCAAUUCGUUUCCUCGGUAUUGAAGACCACCGAUAUUCGCGUCCAGGGGCCUGCGGUGAUGACAGCAUCAGCAUAAGCGAGUCGCGUGAAAAUAAAACCCGGGAUAUCAAAACGCUCUGCGGAUGUCAGCCACUUUUUUCAUUCGUUACCUCGGAGGAGACGAUGUUCGUGACUUUUAGAUCUUACAAGGAGAAUAACUGGCCUGGAUUUUAUGCCACCUACCAAGCAUUGUGUAAGUUUAUAUCGGCCUUCUUUAUAGUUAUAAAUUUAUUUUAUCGCGUCCUGAGCAAGAUCUUGGAACGAUCCCCGGGGCAGAUUGAAGAGUAUAUUUAUUUUCCGUUCGAAAGUAAUUCUAAUGCUUCAUAUCCAAGACUCUGCUCACAAUUAACUACGUUUAGAGUCUUCCAAAGGGUGUUUUGUUUCCUGAAUACAUUGAUAUGUAUGUUAGCCCACUUCAAGUCGUCCCAUGCAGGUUAGAUUGUUAUUUCCAAGUAUUGUAGAGUCUUUUUUCACGGUGAACAGACAAAGUAGUUAUUUUCAUGCAUAUCGACGAUAUCCAAGUCUAACUGUUGUCGUCUGAAAUGCUUUGAUUACCUGGACUACGAUUUUGGCGAGAAAAUUGGUUUUCUCUCGACUCAUUCUCCCCAUUUCCAUUAUUUGCCGCAUGUUUUGCCAUAAAUUUUGCGCCUUUCUGGACAUUUUUAAAUUUUUAUUUAGACAAAUAGAAUUAAAAAUUCAUUCAUCUCACUCCCAUCCCUUUCAAAAUAGAUAACGUUAAAUUCUGCUGACUCAAUUUCGCCUUGUUUGUAGUUUCAACCCAUUCAUAUAUGACAUAUGACAAGGGAUCAUAUUCUCUUGUAAACUUAAUUUUUCCAAUAUUUCCUUCAGCUCCUCAAGAAUGUCCCCCAGGAAAUACCAAUUGCCCUUUAAAAGAUUCACAUCCAAUUGGCUUCAAUGCUCAAGGAGAGGUGUGCAAGUCGUCGGGUAAGCAGUUUCGUUUGAACUACUUUCAAGGUAGAAAUGCGCGUUUAGAAAGUAUUGUGAAAACGGGCUACCCCUGAUAUAUGUUGAUUUAUGCGCUAUAGACUAACUCACGGACCGACGGAGAGAAAACCGACCGGCUGAAAUCACCCAGUCGAUAUAUCUGAGGGUCUUAUAGGAGUUAACAGUAAGACGCAGUAAAACGGCCAAAAAGAUUUUGUCGUUGGACAUAAAAAUUGACAGAUUUUAACCUUUUAGUCGUUACAAAAGUAAACCGUAAACAAGUUUCGUUUCUACAAUGUAUCAUUCUGGGUUAACCGUAGCCGUAAAUGGCCCAAAUUCUAACCGUUAGCCGUAGAAGCCGUCACCCUAUCGAGACUGUUUCAUAUUAUACUUCAUUAUGUCAAGUGUGCAAUAUAUCAAACGAAAGAGCUUUAUCCAGGUGAGCUAGUCAAAACGUAAAUAAAUAAAUGUUAAAAGAUAAGAAACGUGGGAAGUAGAAGAAUAAGAAGAAGUCGCCUUUGCAAUGAAAGGAAUUUAACUGGAAUGAAGUGUAAAAUCGAUAAAUUUACUUUGGCCACAAUUGCAAUCUUGGCUAAAGGUUCAAAGAUGCUGUUUUCUUUUCCCUCAGGAACUGUAACUCAAAUUCCCAGAACACUGCUUAUCAAACAAUUUUGUUACAGAGACUUUUAUUCUUGAAGUAUCCAACACCAAACGGGGAAAUAACAGGGCCAAACGCAUUUUCAUUUUUUUUGCUACAUUAAGGUCAGCUAAAGUGCUGUGCCUUUCUAAAAAAGAACAGCUGAAGAGUAUUUUAACGACAGAAAGCCUCCGUUUAUAUACACCCAUGUAGGUACAUACAUGCUUAUCCAUUGCGUUGUGUUUUUUCUAGCUAUAGUCGAUUCACGGCCUACUGAUGGCGGUAACAUAACUUUGGAUACCGAAGCUAGUGAGUGGUUCAGCUUUCAUCUCAAUUGCAAAGUUCUAUGUUUAUAUAUAGCCAAAGAUUACUAACCUUAUAUUGGGGUUUAGUACACACCUAAACAGCGAGUAACGUGAAAGGCGCGCUUCGAUUACUGAUUGGCUAUUAAGUGUCCGAUUACCCAGCGCUAUUCACCAUCAAAGAACUCGCUGGGGACUUGCGCCGGAAGAUAUUUCAAUCGUUCAAAAAAUCUCUUUUUUGUUCUAUAUCAUCGCCAAGUUUUUAGUACAUACUUAAACAAGUAUUCACCUCGGUGUAAGUGGUUAAUUGUGGAUAUUUAGCACGCACCGAGGUGAAUUGUCGUUAAUCAAUAAAUGGUCAGUUGACACACAUACCAGGAAGAUGCACCUACAUCAGGAUUGAAUAAAAAGAGGGAGUUAUGGAUAAAGGUUGCUGUUGGAAACAAGCCAAAAAACCGAUAUGCAGUCCUAAAAAAUCAUGGGGAUACAAUGAUUGUUACUGUCACGUACUUCCUGAGUAGGUUUAACAAAUAUUCGUCUCGUCAAAACCAAUAGUGGGAAAAUAAAUGUAAAUAUUGCCUAUAGAGACUUAGAACGUGGUUACAGGUAUUUUAAGAAGACAUUCAGAUAAAUUGGGUUGCUCAUGUGGAUUUUCCUUUUACGUUUUGAUUUCAGAAAUAGACGUGGUCUGCCAGCCUGACUUCAUCGAGGUCUCUCUAAAGAUUUCAGAUUUCCCUGGAAUCGUUCUCAACGACUCUUCUCUUCAUCUUGAAGACAGAAACUGCGUUCCUGGUUACAAAGAUAACACGAAGGUGACGUUUAAGUUUGGACUUGAGGAUUGCAGCACUAAACACAAGAACGAUGGGGAGAAGAUAUACUACACGAACAAGGUCUACCUCAAAGCCGGUGAGGCGGCCGAAGACGAGGCGAUAACUCGCGAACACACGGAGAUUAUUCCUUUUCACUGUGGAUAUAACAAGAAAGCCAUCCUCUCGAAAGUUUCAUACAACCCACGCGUUGUGCAAAUCAUAACAGAUACAGGUAAAGUACUUGCUUGGUUUCCAUUUAUAAUAAAGAACAUUCUCUCUAUAAGCUCUUUGUCACCAGACUGUUGUGUCUGCAAUCUCUGAAAGUAUUAGGUACAUGGUAAAGUGCCAGUUGUGUUUGAGGUUUGGGAACAAAGUUUAUUUUUGCCUGCUGAAACUGACCACAGCAUGACUAAAACUUCAAAAUCUGGUUUCAAACUUGGAUUAUUGACUUAACUGGCCUUUUUCCUUUGCGCUCCGCCUGGAACAUAGGGCUUCCGCAGCGACUUUACAUACUCCCUCUUCCUAUACCAAGGGACUAUUCGGGUAAGGUCUACACACCGUAUUCGCUGCUAACCCUAACCCUAACCUUGUAACUGGCUUUCACUCACCAAGUGGUCGGCUAAGAGGGUUCACUUGAACCUUAGCCUCGAGAAUCGUUGCAGCACUAACACUCCGCUUUCUGCUCGAUCGAGUGCCUCUUUACACCAAGGUGAGACGCCUCUCUUGAUGAGAUCACUGUGAGCUCCUGGACAAUGCCGAUACCUUAUCAAUUGUAAAUCAAUUUUAAUAGCCUUACAAUCUUAAUAUCAAACUGUUGUUGAUAAGAGGGGAACUUUGAAUUUAAUAAAGUAAUAGGAGCAACUAAAGUAAGCCGCAGUUAGCGUUAACGAGUCCAAACCAUAGAGAAACAUACGCAGAUAGAAAACUUCUUCAUUAUUUGUUCUGCUUUUCCAGAGGGCAUUGGCAACUUCACGUACUAUAUGGACAUGUAUGAGGACGAAAGCAACAAAGCAACGGUCACAGAAUUCCCAAAAGAAGUUGGUUUGGGUCAAAAGAUGUAUUAUGGCUUUCGAGUGGAGUCUGGAGACACUGGUUUGGUUGUGUUCCCGGAUGUUUGCAAAGCCACAGCAUCGCCUAGGUUCAACUCAACUCCCGACCACGUCAUCAUCGACAAGGCGUAAGUAAGAUACCGAAACUGAAAUUUGAUAAGACAACAAUGAUUUCCACGAACCCUUGCUUUAAGAAUUAGGCCAUGGAAAGACGUUUUUCCUGAAAAAAAAUACUCUAACAUGAAGAAAUAAUAAUGAAAAAAAUAUCAAAGGCUUAACGAUGAUUUAAAAAUGGGCUUUAUGCACUUUGAAAACCCUUAGCCCAAUUCUCCCUGCAUAUGACAGUGAAGUCGGAAGCUCUAAGGCUCAGAUCUUGAGUGAGAGCUGAAGAUAUUUCCGUUGUCCAACACUCGUCACAAAUAUUGACAUCUUUUCCAAAAAUGAUUUGUGAAACGUUUGACGGAGACAUCGUAAUUUGGCAAAGGAUGGAUAUUUUUUUUUUUCAGCUGCUCAAAAGACAAUACUUUACAAUACCAGUAUGGCCAAAGAUCAGAACACUUCUUCAAUCUUGAUGCCUUCCGCUUCACAGAAAGCUUUAGUGAUAUCUAUGUCCACUGUAAGCUAACGAUUUGUCGAAAAGAUGACGACGAAUCUAGGUGCGCCAAAGGUUGUCAGCCUACAAAGAGAAGAAAGAGAUCAGCGGAAGAAGACUUUGGUGCCAGUCUCUACAUUGGACCAUUGAAACCGAAAGUCGUCGAGAAUGACGCUGGUGAGUAAUAAAAAAGUUUUCACGUGGAUACGUCCAAAUUAUCUAUUUAAGCCUAUUUCACAGAUGCUUCGAGAGAAAAGUUAGUCGCCUGCUACCUCUAUCUAUCGCCUACAUUUACUUCUCACAGAAGUAUCCACAGCAGUCAUAUUGGUACCAGAGCUCUAGAACGGCAGCCAUGUUCAGUACUGCAACCAAAACAUCCUUCACUUAUUCAAAUUUAUUAAAUGCUUCAUGGAAACUUUUCCUCUAUAAAUUUAUCGCUACUGCUCAAUCAGCAAUUCGCAUGAGCUCUAACGGUUUUUUUCUGCUUCUCAGUCCUAAGUAAAUUUCAGAAUAGUUUGGAGUAAGUUCAGUCUUGAUGCUAAGACCAGUUUAAAUUUUAAACCAACAACACUCUAUUUCCACCGUUCAGAAUUUGAUGGCUUGAAAGCAACGAUUAAAAAGGUUUUGUUUAAGCUCUCCUGUACUCAUUAGUCAAUAAACUUUGUCCUUCCUCCUCUGCACAGUUAAAAAGAACAGCGACGAUCAGUCAGAUUCCAUUGAUAGCACGAUUCCUAUUCUGGGAAUUUUAGUCGGAGUGCUAGGAACGCUCGCCAUUGGGCUCACUGUCGCUGUGAUUGUCAUUAGCCGACGUCGAAAAUACUCGGGCAAUGGAUUGUUUCUCGUUGUUAGUGAAGAAACGUAGACUGGUCCGCAACAGGCUGCAGUGCAGAAAUGAUCACUUCAAGAAAGGGUUGGCCGGAACAAUUAAACUUAAAAGUUGCGUUUAGGAUACCAUGAGGUCUUAUGGCUCAUUAUAAAUGUAUUUUAAUUAGGCAUUUAAUUUUUUUGCUUUUUCUUACUCAAGGAGUUUUCGUUAUGUUAUCUAUAAGCAGGAGUUUCAUCGUGACAACGUUAAUACUACCUCGGCGAUGGUUUCAAUGACCACGUUUACCUGCGCUAUGAACGGCACAUUUUCUAGCCCUAGUGAAUCAGAACAGUCAAGCUAUUUUCGAGAAUUUCUUUUUCAUGAUUGAUAUCGAGUGAUAUUAAAGUCCUUUAAAACAUGGUACAGUUCUACCUUCCCCCCUCUCGUCAAAGUGCCUCUGAGAAAAAAAAGUUAUAGCUUAUUUCCAAUGCAAAACGGUAAUUUAACUUGCUGCCUACCACAUGUUCCUCAUUGAAAAUUUAAACCCUUACUUCUCCUGAGUGGCUGGUGGAUGAGGUUGAUAGGCAACGAGUAUUUUCCUUUCCCACCCACCCCUUCCCCUCUUAUCAUCGCUUCGUUUGUCUAUCCAACAUCCUGUUAAUAGAAAAUUUCAUUAUCUUUCCAGACGUCCUCUGCUUCAAAGCCUGUACUGAAACUCUCUCUAGAAUAUCAUUUUUGAGCGUUCGUACUCCACCAGAUAUCUUUAGUGCCAUUAAGACUCUGGCAACCUGCCCUGUUUCAAAGUCUGUAUCAAAUCACGUUCGAAUGCAUUUCUUUCAAAGCUCAAUAAUAAACUUUUUUAUGCAAAAGUUUCAUGUCUUCACUUUGUGGCGAAUGUAUGAUACAACAAACUCUGCUGUGAAUAACUUGCCAAUCAGGGAUUAUUUCAUGGGCCUAGUCCCAACGGUUCCUUAGUUUACUCGGUCAGAAAUUCAGGAGUGGUUAACAAGGCAUGGAAGGGCUACGUGGCAUAGCCAUGUACUUAGCUGACUGUUUGCAGGUUUUUUAGCCCUCCUUGUAUCUUGGAUCUCGCUGUGUUUUGUUUGAAAUUUAUACCAUUCAUUGUGUCAGCUAAGUUUAUAACACUUUUAUUGUCUGAAAAAAGUUUAACUAAAUUAAAGCAAACCCGCUGAGUCAAAGAAAUCAAUGUUAUGGUUGAGUUCAGUCAAGCGGUACAUAAAUGGAAACAGGAUCAUCGAAUAAGAAAUUAGCAUUUUAGCGCUGGAUAAAAAAACCAAACCAUCUGGUAAAAAUUUAUUAUGUGGGAUAUAUUAGAAAGUAUAACUACAGUCUUUCAGUCUUUCUACAGUCUUUCUUUCUUUCAGUCUUUCUAAUUUCCUGGCGAGACUGUCGUGACGUUGGCUUAGAGGUUGAAUUUAAGAGAUAAAGCUUUUCUACCAAGAACAACAGAUUUAUCCCUGAUACUCUAAGAAAAGGUGAUGAAACUGUCUAAAUAAUCCGACCACGUGUUCUAUUAAGCUGCCUGCAGAUUUCAGCUGCUUCAGAGGCAUAUAUCCAAGUACAAAUGGUCGCCUUAGCAAGAGGCGGAGACCACCUUUAAUUUAAGAUUUGCGGCUACAAUAUCUGAAUGAUCGCAUCUAUGUCACAGCCAUUCUGGCCCCAGUGUCAACACCAUUGACGCUGCAAAUGGAUCAGUAGAAGUUAAUUGGCGCAUGUUUGAAUUUCGGGCUUUAGUUUCAUGCUUGGCCAAACACGUUUGAGAGCGCGUGUAAUUUUCAACUAAUUAAGAAAACUAAAUGGCUUCUGUCUUUAUUUGGAUUUAUUUAUCAUGCGGUUUGUGCGGCAAAAGAAACAAAGAGACGGUUCGCAAACUGUAGAUAUGUUUGCAGCAAUUAACACAACAUAUUACGGAACAAACUAGAAAAACCUCGGUGGCUGUUUGUCAGAGCGGUGAGAAAAUCUAAAUUUGAUCCAACCUUGGGAUCUGUAAUUUCUCGAAUAACCAAAUAGAAGCAGCAAUUUAAUUAUAAUUAGCAUAUUUAACUUUGUUUUCCACAGUACCCACUCUGUGAAAAACACAUGGUUAAAGCCGCAAGUGUCAAUAUCAAAGAUCGUCUACCUCACAGAAAAGCAAAUAAUUAACACUGAAGGAGGUGUUUUGUUUGUCUUUCUUUUCAAUUUGUUGGGGGCAAUUCGAGCUAGACAUUUCAGGCACACAACAUGCACGAACAGCAUUAAAAUUCAUUGUUAUUCCUUCACGCUAGAUAACCUCUCAAUGUGUUACUGACAUUUACAGUUCCUUUUAUUCAAAUCACUGUUUGGGUGGAGGCCUUCUGAGUUGAUGGGAUUCAGCGUGGAAGGACGAUUGAACUUAGCGUGUGCGUAUCAAAUCUAGAAUAUUCUACUGUUGUGCUUCGAUGAAAAGGGACCGCGGGACUAUUAUUUUGUGAUCGAGGGCUUACUGGGUUGUCUGCGGAUCCCAUUAUCAGCUGAGGAAUGCAUUUCCAUUAGAAGGUGCGAUGAAGCUGCGACAUCGCGUCUAUGAUCAGCCAUGGGAAAAGUGAAGUUGUUGGUGAACACAAAGUUGCUCUUCUGGUGUACAAUCUGCUCAGCAUUUUCUUUUAAGACAGAAGCAAAUAUUGCAGGUAUGUGUGGAGUUUGAGAAAUUAGUUUAGCGCCAUUGAAGCUUACCGGCUUUGAAUCACAUUUUAAUGGCCUUUGGGGACUCACAACAAUUAUUUCAUGCCAAUCGGAGAAUUUUACAAAAGUGUUCUAUUAGUGCUGUCUUUUGUACAAAAGCUUAUACUAGUACUAACUCUUAAAAAAAUAGGGAAAAAAUUAGGAAAAGCGGAAUCUUGAGUACCGUCGUUAUUUUAGGCCGAUAAAUCUCAAAAUCGAGAAGGCCAAGGCCAUCGGAGUUACCAUGCGGCCUUUAAGAUUCUGAAAACCUCUUUUGAUUCGAAAUAGGUGACUUUGGACUUAAAAUCCGACAAAACAGAUUCGGCUUUCAAAAGGUUGUUAAUACUAUGCCCCGAUGGCAAACAUUCUUUUUGUGAAGUAAUUUGCAUUACAUUUACAAUUGUAUUGUGCAUUUACACCCUUGUUUAGCAGUUCUUAACGGCGAGCGCUUUAUCUAUUUUUGUAUUGUUUAGUCAAAGUUUAGCCACACGCCAAUCAGCGGUUUAUUAUUUAUUCUCAAUAUCAGAUAGGAUUUUCAUCCUUCAGUAAUUUUACAUCUAAACAGCUGCUACACAAUAACAACGCAUUAGAAUUUCUCCUGAGGCAUAAAAGAAAAAACAAGCCAUGAACAGCGAAUUUGAUAUCUGGCGAGUUUUCAGUUUCAAUUUGCUCGGUUGGAUCACAAAUAACGAAGUCAUUGCUUAAAAUUUUCGGGAAAUGCACUAUUUGCCAAAGUUUUGUCUCAGAUUAUCCAGAGAAAAGCCAACUGCAAGUUAAUUAGCACACGAAUUUCCUUCUCAGAAUCUGAGACGAAUGAUGGUAUUAAACUUUGCCUAUCCUAUGUGUACGUUUUCGCUCACAGUCUCUGUUUGUUUCGCCUUUUUAUUUGACAACGCUGUAGAAAUGAACUGUUUCGCGGAAAAUGAACAAAAGUAAGUAUAAUAGAACCUCAUUAAGGAAACGCCGGGGAAGGGAGGGGGGAAGGGAGGGGGUAAGGGAUUGUCGAGGGGUUUUGCUCACGUCACGGUUAAAUUUACUUAAUUCUCUCAUUAUUCUGGCUAAUGUUAUCAUGAUUUCGCUCUCAAUCGGCGAUUAAUUGGCUAUCUAUUUUCUACAUUCUCCCUGUAUACUUAGUUGGCGACGACUGAUCCCCUUCCAUUCCUUCUGAAAUCCUUGUGACCUUGUGACCACCUCCCUCAUCCCCCCUCCCCCAACCUCCGACCCCCGUCUGGCAAUAGUUAAUCACUGCUCCUUAAGGCUGUCUCGUUUUCUUGAACUUAAAUCCAUUUCCCUUAUGAAGCAAAAAAAAUUCGUCAUAAGCUAACUUCCCUUCCCUUUUCUCAAACCAGUGUACUGUGUUUUGGUUCCCUUGGCAUUUCCAUAGAGUACCUACAAUGUAUCAUAAAAUAACUUUUAUAUUUUGACAUGAACGUGCUCAUUUUGCAGUUUGUUCUCCAUCCAACACCAAUAUCGCAAUUGAGGCUGAGUCACCAGGCACGAUAUCAAAACCUACAUUCCCAGAUGGCUCUAGUAGAACUUCCUGCAUCUGGAUAAUCCAAGCUCCGGAGAACUUCCGACUGGUAAUCACGAUUGAAGCCCUGAAUCUGAACGGUGCUGACGAUUAUUUGGCCAUUCGUGAUGGUGCGAGUAGAUUCAGCCCUCUUAUUGGCAAAUAUGGACCAUGUGCAAAAGGCUCUCUUACGCUUCUGUCCAGUGGGAGAUCAGCUUUUCUUCAAUUAGAGUCAGCUGUUUACAAGAACACUGACGAAAUAAAAAUCUCAUACAGUCCAACUGAUCCUGGUAAGAAAAGUCACCUAUGCUUACUUGCCAAAUGGUUUGUGACAACCGUCUCUUCAUUUAUAAUCAGUUUUGUUACCCAUUUUUUCAUAUUCUUAUAUAUCAUUAAAUAAUAAUAAUAAUAAUAAUAAUAAUAAUAAUGAUAACAGAUAUACUCCCAAGCAUAGCUUUUAUGUUUUAUCACUCGCUCUGUCGAAACUAUUUUCCACGACUUACUGAUGAGACACGACUUUACCUUCAAUCCUCUAAAGAUGUUUAUGUGAAAAAUUAUAUUUAUCUUUUCUUGAAACGUUUUUUGUUUGAUUGUUUUGUUAUUUUUCUUGAGUUAACGCCUAGACGAAUUGAAAUGAGGAACUUGUUAUGAUAUGUCGCCUUAGUGGAAUCGAAGGUUUUGGUUUUGUUAGGAUAAAAUUUUUUUCAUCUCCCCUUCAUAAGGUCAAAUUAUAUUCUUAUCCUUCAUUAUUGGCAUUUGAAUGACAGUCCCCCUAUAGUCCCCCUUUACACUCUGUUAGCGACGAUUGAUCCUUUCUCCGUCCCCCCUGAAAACCAUGAAUUUCCCCCAAAAAAUCCUCUAACCGUCCCCCCCCCUUUCACCUCUCCACCUUUACCCACCCCUCCCCUCAAGAGAGAAGUCAUGACUGGUUCCUUAUUUGAUCGUUACUGCCAUUUACUCACCAAAUGAAAGCGACUGACAAACGCCAACAGCUUAAUUUGGAUGUUUACAACUUUUCGUUCUGUCUUACCCUAAUAUGUUACUUUAUUUUAAAACUCUUCUGAUUGGCUGUUGAGGGAAAACUGGUUUUGACCUUUAUUAGCUAAAAUGAUUGGAUUAAAAGCUAUCCUGAAUCAGGAAGAGCAGAUUCAACCUAUUCAUCACUAUAUUUAAUUGUUCCUUUAUUACAGACGACGUCAACUGCGAAAAUGGUGAAGAUCCACCAGGUAGGUCAUAUCCUUUUUCAAUUCUUUAUCUCUCAAUUUCCAUGUGUACUUAGAUUCGUCAUCUAAAGGGCCUUACUUACUACACGGCCUGGAAAAUUGCUGUUUUUCAUUUAUCAACUUUAUUUCACCUUUUUCACGGCCAAUCUGUUUAGUUCAGUGGAUAAGUUAAAUUCUAGACCUUUCAUUUACAUUAAAUAAUUUGUUGCUGCAUGAGAUGUUAACGAAUGAACAGCGAUUUCGAAAAGAAUCAUUGACCUAAAGCCUCUCCGCGUGACCGAGAAUCGUUUUCCGGAGUCGUCAAACACGCCGAAGAUAGAUAACAGAUAUCUCAUCUUCCUGGUUCGGUGCAGAAAGUUAUGGGCCGUCUAAAAUUCUUUUCAAGUAAUUGCCAACUCCCUUAGGGGUCCCUUCCUUGUUUGCAAUACCAGAGAGUUGUAAGGAACUGUAUGUAAUGGUCCAGAAAGGGAUCAAAAAAUGGGCCCUUACUGACCAGAAGUGCUCGGCUAAGGGAUGGUCGAACGAGCGGGUGCAAUUGGUGAUUCGCAUGCUAAACUACCCUAAUUUUGUUGUGUCAGGGUCUGUAACAAUUCAUGUCGUCUCCGUUGACUUUCAGACAUAUGUGGCAUAAACACUGAGCUAAGAGGGCUCUCGGGUUUUAUAACGAGUCCUAACUUUCCCAGUAAUUAUGACGCUAACGAAGUAUGCUUAUGGACAAUUGUUGCUCCUCCUGGGUACCGAGUGCAGUUUUCUAUUCAUUUUCUUGGCAUUGAAGAUCACCGAUAUUCUCGCCCAGGAAGUUGUGGCGAUGACAGCAUUUCUGUCAGCGAGUAUCGUGGGAACUCCACCAAAGACAUCAGCACAUUCUGUGGCUGUAAGAGCUUAUUUUCAUUUGUUUCCCAAGAGGAGAAAAUGUUUUUGACAUUCAGGAGUUAUAAGAGGAACAACUGGCCGGGUUUUUAUGCCAGCUACAAAGCUUUAGGUAUGUAGUUUACGGAGAGAUGUACCUGAACUAGCUCCUUUUUAUCCACAAUUUUGACAGCGUGUUUGAAACUCUUGUAAAGUUCCAUAAAUUGCAAUUCAUGACACAGAAUGCGGAAAAAAAAAUGCAUGUCAAACAAAUUGUUGUGAUGGAAGGCUUAAAAAAAAAAAAAACCUUCAAUGGCGUUGCUCACUACAUUUUGGCGGGAAAAGGGUUGCCCUACAGGAUAGGAAGGCUACACGUGAUACUUUCGGCUAUUCAACGGUUCUCCUGUAAUCGGAUUGGCUGCUUUAUCAUUCCACGGGGAAAUUACUGUAUCUCCUACUCAUGAGCAUAAAAGCACCAGUAGGCAACCACAGAUGAAAUAGGCUGUCUGCCAUUUGGUAUUUUAACUCCUUAAAAAACCAAAUUGACUCUUUUCUUUGUUCUAACGCCUUCAGAUAAGGCACAAUAUUCUCCAUUUCCGCAAAGGAGACUCAUUUUUUCUCCCCUUGUCUAGUAUUGUUUUUUAUAAUUACCUGUUGCUCUUUAUUCUAUUUUGAAAAGGUAUUUCAAAGCCUCCUUUCGUUCCUCACGCAAGGACAUUGCUCAUGAUAACGAAUAACUCUCAAUGAACUGCAGUCAUUUCGCCAACGAAUAGUUUUGCUUCUCUUUCUUUGGCGAAGAGACCUAAAACGUUAGCGAACUAGUUGUUAGUUAGACGACCACAAUUUCUCUCAGUCAAUCAUUUAAAUAUAUUUUUUAAAUUCCCUCCAGCUCCUGAAGAUUGUCCUCCAGGUGAACUGGACUGCCCCCGAAAGGACGUUGAGCAGAUUGCUUUCAAUGCUCAAGGUCAGGUGUGCACAAUAAUACCAAGUGAGUGUCUUCCUGCUAACAUUUGAUAUUUUCGUUACAUUUCGAAUUCGUUCUCUCGGUGAACAUUCAUGAAGCAAUCUGGACCGUUCUACCAUUUCAAAUAUGGCUUUUCUUUCCAUUAUAAUUUCAUGUACCUUGAGGAAAAAAGCGAAUGAGAUACAAAGCCAGUCCCCCGGAAAACCUUUACUACUAGUCAUUCAAACCAUCCGGAAAUUUUUCGCAACGUUAAACCUAAUAAUUUGGGUCAGAAAUCAAUAUCGUUUCUUUACCAACUACAUUUUUCUUUUUUCGGUCACUGGCCUCUUGAUUAUUUUAACUGUUUUUACAGGUGACUAUUUAUGUAGUUUAAAAUGGUGCCAUCAACAAAUGCAUUUACAAUUUCUUUAUCUCUCGUUUCCUCUUCUCUCGCAUCAACCUCUCCCAAGAAAACAAGAGCUCUCAAGUGGAUGUAAAAAGGCCAUCAUCAGCCAUAACGAGUUCUUCAUCAAGGUCAUCUGGGCUACCUUCAUCCAGAGCAACUUCGAAAUAUAGAACUUCUUCCAAAAAAACACAGGAGAAUAUCUACUCGUCCCCUCUUUCGCCCAGCUUUACUUUAUCGACAAGUCAGCCGACUGUGCAUAUAGUAGUAACAUCCCCCUUUUUGCUCAGAUCAAUGAAAAGCGAACACAUCACCAUUUCUGACAGCCUUUCAAGUUAUUCGAUGCUUACUUCCAUUCAAGCUGCCGUGUCUCCCAAUAGGUCAGAAACCGCGUUUGGAAAGACAGUUGAUGGUGAUGAUAUACGUCCCAUUGGCCAAUUAAAAAAUUCAAGGCAUUUUUCGUUGUCUGUCAGUGACGUUGAGACAAGUCCUUUUAUAACGUCAUCCCGUGGAACAGAGGUUGUUGCAUCGUCAGGCUUAUAUCAGAGCAAGUCUAAAACUGGUGAGACCCAGAGUGACCAUAUCACACCGAGUAAAACAAGUGACUCGGCAGCAUUUCGCUCAUCAGAAACCACUCUAAAACAGCCAAGUACCCGAGACCCACCCCUUACAAUAACGGAAAACCCUUUAAGAGGUAAGGGGACUAUAAAUUCUAUAGUUAUGAGAAAAUUUGAUACAACCUGUAUUUAUAAUUGUGGCAUUCUCUUUCUCUGUGUAUUACCUUAGUGGACAUGACCUCCAUGCAAACCAUUAAUUACUUGCAAACGAGCUUGACGGAUGGAACCUGGAUCGAUUAGCUUUUGUCAGAGGUCUGGUCGUUCCUUACGUGAGAAAGAUACUGUGUACUAAGUAUGCUAUGUAACAAUGUUUCGACUGCAUAGUACCAGUGAUCGCCUCGUCAAGACUCGCUUUUUACAAUAGAAACGUCGAGAUACAUAUUAUUAGAGACCAUUUCGUAAGAAAACACGAUUACACCUCAUAUCUAAGUUUAUUUACCACGAUGGCUUACUGCAAGAUCUUACUCGAUAGGAGAAAUACUCUUUCCCGAAUGAAACUUGUUGGCUCGGUGACAUUGAGGGAAAAACGGGAAAGUGGUAGUUGAGCAUGUCAGAGGAGAAGUUGCUCAUUACAGCCAGUUCAAGUUUUGCUACAUCAUAGAAAUAAACAUUGACAUGACUGGGAACCAGACAACUUAUAAGCCCAAAUUCCUGGAUUUUAACUUGCUCUAAAGAUAGCUCUAAAUCGUUUAUAUCGUUUCCUGCAACGAGCCUCGCUCCUUAAGAUAUUAUCUUACCACUGGCUUUUCUUAAUUUUUUGAAAAUCGUUUUAAUCGCACAGGCUUGGCAGUAAAAUGUUCUCAGAUCGGCAUGGAGGUGACCAUAUCAAGAAUUCUGCUACCAUAUCUUGACAUAAAUUCGGUCCAUUUAGACGAUCCCUCAUGCAAGGUAUCUUUCGUUAAUAACACAUUUGCUGUAUUGAGUGCUCCGCUGGAAGAAUGUGGAACCCAGAAUAGUGAAUCAUCACACUACAUAAUCUAUCAGAAUACUAUGACAGGAGAUGAAAAGUCUUCUAAUACAAACACUACUAUUACAAGGGAUGGAAAAGUUAAAUUUGAGUUCCAAUGUUCGUUUAGAAAGCUUCAAGUCCUGUCCAUUGUUUCGUACUCAACAAGUCGAAAGGUCAUCCACGUUAAAGAUGGUAAGUGUAUAUAAUCCAUAACUUUGUUUUAAACCCAAAACGUUUUAAUUAAGAAACUGCAUAGGGGUUUGGUUAUAAUUUAUCGCCUGAGGGGCUUGGAAGAUUCUUUAAAUUUACCUAAUACCCUCCUAAGGUUCUGUAGUGCUCUAAUGAUCCCUUCACUGGCAGUAAAUGUUCAACAGUCCUCCCUUUAUACCCUGUUAGCGAUUACUGAUCCCUCCCCUCCCCCUUUCCCAUUGAAAACCACGUGAUCCUCCCAGUAUUAUAAUGACCGGUCGCCUAGCAUAUAGUACUAAUCAGUAUAAUAUUACUAUACUUGGCCUCUUAUGGCACUUUUAGCUAUGAUGGAUUGGGAUCUAAGAGGUGGCCAUUCGCGUCACCUUUUUUGAUUUGCCUACGCGAGAAAUGAAUAGUCUGGCAAAACCCAGAUUAAAUUGGCAAUUUACUCCGAUAUAGGUGACGGUGUUGGUAACUUCACCUUUGAAAUGAAUAUGUUUGAAGAUUCGAAGUACAACAUAGAGGUCAAGCAGUACCCCUUGGUCGUGUAUCCUGGCCAACCGAUGUACUUGCAGGUCAAUGUCCAAGCUCUUGAUCGAAACCUUUUAACUUUCUUGGAAGAAUGCUGGGUCACACCAUCGACAGAUCCUCGUGACAAAACCAGGCAUACGAUUAUCCAACACGGGUAUGUGUUUUGCUUGUAGACCUGAGAAAUAAUAAGGAAACAAUACGAGUAAACUAAUUUAAUCGAGAACGGAGGAUUUUUAUUGUAUCGUAGUUUUUAUGGAAAAUGAGCUAGUAAAAAUCUUAUAAUGGAUAAAGUCAAGAUCUAAUGUCCAAUCCCCGAAAGGGAAAUAGCAUGUAGAAAUGGAAAAAACUAGAUGGAAAAAAAUCAGCAACAACGUUUGGUAAUGUCUCUACAGACCCUAUGAAAAAAUCAAGCUAAACACAGUUCACUUUCGAUAUUCUGUCAACUUUUAUUUUCAAUUUCAGCUGUUCCCGUGAUUCUACAUUGCAGUACGAUUACAAAAAAUCUCCUAUACAAAAUUUCACCUUCAAAGCAUUUCAAUUCCGCGAAGUCCCCUCUGAGAGACUUUACGUGCAUUGUCAAGUGGUGACUUGCAGAGAGUCGGACACAGGUUCGGUCUGUGAUAGAGGAUGCAUAAAGAACGGAAGACGUAGGAGAGAAAACAGAGCUUUCAUCAUGGACAAAGAGGUGUUUUUAUCACUGGGGCCUGUUAGUCGUCAGAAACAAGACAAAGGUGAGUAUAGGGGCAGUAGUUUACAUGACACCAUGGAGCCAUAAGGUAGCUUGCAUUGUCGUGUCCCAUUUCAAGAGCAUUUUUUACUUUUUGGAUGAUCUUAUUGAGCCUUUCAUAGCCAUCCGCCAGUUAUAGACUAAACAGGUUGAUUUUUUUUAGUUACUCCAAACCCCCUCGUAGCCUGCAAAGCUCUCGGAUUUCUGUGGGCCUUCCUUGAGGUGUUAGGCGGGGAUACCUAAAGGGGUUCUUAACGGUAGACAAAAAAAUACUUUCCUAAACCGCUUCCAUUGUCUUUCAAUUUCAAGCCUUUCAUCGCUGAUUAAAUUCCCUUCCCUUUUCUUUUCAAACCAACAGCGUCAGAGCACCACGAUCUCCUCGUUUAUGUUAAGGCCCUGGCUUGGAUUUUUGGAACUUUAGCCGUAAUUCUUGCUACUGCAAUGAUAAUUUUGAUCCUUAAAAGAAGAAAGCGUAACGAAGACAAAAACAACGCCCAGAUCCUAUUUGCUCUCAGAAAGAACGGUGCACAGGAAGGAGAGGAAAAGCGCGCACUCAGAACAUCCCAACAGGAUACAGGAACUUGAAUUUGAAACUUCUUAAGAUGAUUAACAAUUUUAUAUGACCAAGGUCAUAUUUAAAAGCUCAAAAUUUAGACCAGGGCCGCGGUUUUUUCCCGAAAAGGAUGAAACUGGACGUUGCAUUGUUUUGAGCUCAGAGGAUCAGAGAGACAAAGCUUUUAAAGCUUUCGUCACAUAUCGGUCGGGUUAUUGUUGGUCAGCAGACUUUUCGUUGGCAACCAAUUUAUUUAGUGUUUAAGAGUUAAAAACCUUUUUAUUCAAGAUGAACGAAUUCGGCAUUUAAACAAAAAGCUUGUAAAAUUGUAGUAAGUAUCAGCUAAUUCAGUUCUAAUCUUUUAAGGAAUAGAAUGACUUUAAACGAAGACUCAAUAAUAGUCUCAUACAGUCUUACAAAAUGAUGCAAUACCUAUUAGGUCGUCAAGUUAUGAAUAAAACUUUAUAGAUCGUAAACAAGCAAUAAUCUAUCGCUUUCCUAGAUCUUUACUCUGAAUACACGAUGACGACUGACCUGCGUGGAGUGCAUUCUGAUCAGAAAUUAUGUGUGAUUUGAAAUCACAAGUAUGAUUUCAGACCCAUAUAUCACGACGUGAGGUUAAAACGCCACUUUACCUCUUCCAUUUUGAAAUCGCAAUAUCCAAUCUCUCUAAUAAAGGAUUUUUAGUGUUUUUUAUUGAUUCAGCACUGAGCUGGUGUGUAAAAAGUUACCAAGGUCGUCUUUCGUUUUUCUACAAUCUGAUUGGUUUCUUUAAUCAAGUCUUCAAAUCUGAUUGGUUGAUGCGUUUAAGUAAAACUUUCUCAUUGGCUGGAAAAAGAUGCGAUUUGAAGCAAAAAGUGGUGUGAUUCCGAAUUUAUCGAACUAAUGGCGCAUUUUCGCAAAUUUGACAAAAAAUAUCCUGCUGUACCCUGCCCGUUAGUCACUAAAAGUUACUGAACCUACUGCUGAAUAUUUCUCCACACUUUUUAUGCUGACAUUUGCGAGAAAGAACUGCCAAGAAAUUGGUCACAAGUAAUCACCGUGAAAAUUCCUAAGAAGAUAACCUAAGAAACUAAAGUACUUUGGGAGAGGUCUUAAAAUUCUUCAGUUUUCUGCAUGGCAUGGCGAUUGGGACGAGAAUGAGCCAAAUAUUUUUUUUCCACAGCGAGAAAAACUCUAACAAAUCAUAACUCAUGGUCAAUGUAUUUUGAAAGUUCAUUAAUUUUAUUCCACAGGCGAUCGAAUUGUGUAUACAAAUCAUGAUGAAGGAAAAUUUCAUAUCAUUUUAAUUAUUAUUUUCAGUGGAUGAUCCACUUCACAAAUUCAUCUGUUAUCGAUCGCCUACUAUAUUAUAAUUGGUAGCAAUGAUAACUAAGUCUAGUACAUUUCGGUAAAAUCUAACCGACAGAAAAACACUACAAUCCCAAAAACUAAACUACUUUAUGAAACAGCGAGUAAUGUUCUUAACAAGGAUCGACUCCUUAAAGCAGUACAAUACUUGUCGUAAAUAAACUUAAUCAAGCCCACUACAGUCUAUAUCCUAGCUCACCACUGACACAAUCUCACUGCUGUCUCUAAAGUUCCUUGAAGUGAGCUAUCUUCCGCUUGAGCUAGCUUUCAAAACAGUCGUCGCUCCAACAACAACAACAACCAC